AUGGCUGACGUAAUACAAGAACUUAUAAGGAAGCCUCCAUGUCUCUCUCCGGAAUUUAUUGCUAGUAAAAAUAGGAAAAUGGCUCUUUUAGAAAUGAAUGAGCUUGUGAAUAAAUGCAAAGGCCGAUUUAAGAUCCAUGAUGCCAAUGAACUAGCGGGUGAAUAUAAGGCGGAAUAUCAUAGAAUACAUAGCGUGUAUCUUUCGGGCCCUCCUAUCCGACGCAAUCUCAAAUAUUCGGACUUGUGCAUAUUUGAUUCUUCCAGUGGUGCGGUGACCUAUGUACUUACAUCCUUACCGCCUAUUUUCUUCAAUUUUCAACUAAAUGGCGAUUACCCACAUGAUCAAAAUUUUGCUUUCUGGAUUGAAUCUGCUUGGCUUCCAUCUAUGCUUAUCGAAGUACUUACGGCUAAUUUGUCCAAUGUUAUGGCGUCCGAUUCUAAUGACGGCUCUCUUAAGGCCUGUUGCGAAUAUCUUCAAAAUGUCGCUCUCUCGUCUUUAUUUAGCUUGGGCGAUCCAAAUUCUCUGGUAAUAAAUGCUAUUGAACUUUUUGAUAAACCUGAGGAGCGUUUUCAGUUCGUUGAAACCUUGAUCGACUUCGAGGAGGAAAUGCGAGACAAAGAAUUUGAAUUAGGCACGUAUGAGUGUCCAGUGUGUCUUGAUAAUUACGAAGGUACAGCAUGCAUACGUUUGAGAGGUUGUGGUCACAUUUUCUGCAAGACUUGCGCUGCCCAAUCUAUUGCUGAGAGUGUGAAAAGUGGGGCUAACUCUGGCUCACCACUAUGCGCUUCGUGUGAAAAAGAGGUGCAUCCAGUGGAGGUAAGACAGAUUGUCAGCCUCGAAGUCUACGAGCAAUACGAGACGAUGCUUCUCAACCGGACACUGAGCUCCAUGCAAAACGUGGUUGAGUGCCCCAAUGAGGAUUGUAAAAAUCCACAUGUCAUGUUGGCUGAUGAUUUCGUGGAGGGUGUGUGCGCACAGUGCAUGUUUCAUUUUUGCGCAAAGUGUCGACAACAGUUUCACCCUGACACUGCUUGUGUCUCUGGUCCCCUUGCUAACUUGAGUCCCGUGGAAGCCCGUGACUUAGUCGAGCGCUACGAUAAUGCCGGGCCUGACGGCAAAAAUAUGCUUGAGACGCAGCAUGGAAAACUCAAUAUCCUCAAAUUGAUUCAGGAGGUAGCGUCGAAUACUUUCAUCAGUACCCAGUGUAAACCCUGCCCCAACUGCAAAUCCCCAAUUUUGAAAUACACCGGCUGCAAUCGUGUGAUGUGCUCAUCAUGUCGGAAGAAUUUUUGCUGGAUAUGCUUGGUUGUCAUAGACACCGCAAAUCCCUACAACCACUUUUCUGAAGCUAGCUGCAAGCUUUGGCAGAAAAAAAUGGAGGCUGCAACCACAUGA